ACACGUGUCUUCACCUAUCUUUUUUCCUCUUAAUACUUUACUUUUGUAUACCAGAUCUUUCUACUUCUCACUCUCUGCGAUCAUUGUUGCUGCCAUAGGUUAGGAAUUUGCUUUAGAAGCUGACAAUCGACUCAACAUCGCCUUCAAGGUACCUUGGAUCGUUUGAAGAUUCUCUAAAGUUUCUUACUGUACUUUUAAGGCUUCGAUUCUUUGAUGGCGCUACACGUUCACGAUUAAGUGUUGAUGUUGUUUGUACAAUUCUUACAGCCCUUGAGAGAUGUAAUAAACUGGUGAGGUUUUUCAGAAAUGAUAGAGAUUUGACUAUUUCGUCUAACUUGCCUUCGUUUUCAAUUCGUUUGUACAAUUUAUGUAAUUCUCUGUCUUAUGAUAGACCUGGUCCUGACUGCAUUGGUGCGAUUGUCAUUGACCAGGACCCCAAUUCUGAUGGAUAUGACAUUAUUAUUCGGCAUAAGGCUACUGGACCUCAACGAAUAAGCAAUCUUCAUCCUUAUACAUGGCUUUGCAAUAUCCUUUGUUGUUUAUUUACGGUGAGAGUGGUUGGUCUCCUGACCUACGUCUUUCUGGUGUUUCCGGAAAAGAGGACAAAAAUUUGUCUAUGAAUAUGUUCUAUAGUUAUCAACUUCACGAUCGUCUUAACGUCUACACAUUGUUCCUGCGAGGAGGUCGUCUAUUCCAACAAUAUCUGGUUGACGCCUACGUGUGUAUAGAGCAGAAUAGGCUAGAAUAUUACAGACGUAAUCAAAGUUCUUUAAGAAGUGACGUAUUGAAAGGCAUACAUGAUGCUAUUCACCGUGGUGAUACUGAGGGACGUGAUAUAGGGAAACGUACUAUUUUACCUUCAUCAUUACGGGGGGUCCACGAUACAUGUACAAGCACUAUCAGGAUGCGUUAGCGAUUUGUAGAGUACAUGGAAACCCUCAAUACUUCCUCACUUUUACAUGCAACGUUAACUGGCCUGAAAUUCGUAGAUAUGUGACUAGGUAUCCGGUACUUAAAGCGCAGGACCGUCCGGAUAUCAUAGCUCGCGUUUUCCAUAUGAAAGUUGCCUCAUUUGUGAACUUUCUUCGUAAUAACAGGCCAUUUGGGAAUGUUACCGCAGAUUUAUACACCAUUGAAUUUCAGAAAAGGGGUCUACCACACUGUCAUUUAUUGUUAUGGGUAGCCGAAACUAAUAAGAUAACUGAUGCUACUCACGUUGAUAGGUAUAUUUCAGCAGAAAUUCCAGAUCCUGUAAUCGACCCAGAGCUGCAUCGGAUUGUUACCGACUUCAUGAUACAUGGACCAUGCGGUACUGUUAGACCCAACGCGUCAUGUAUGUCAUUCGGUAUGUGCUCUAAGAACUUUCCAAAGGCUUAUCAACAGAGUAGUAUGAUUGACGAGAAUGGAUAUGCACAUUAUAAAAGAUGGAUGACUGGGAAUACUGUUCUCAAAGGUGGCGUUGCUCUUGAUAACAGGUACGUUGUCCCAUACAACCGUGCUCUACUUUUACACUUCCAAGCACACAUAAAUGUCGAGUACUGCGGGUGGAGCAUGUUGAUAAAGUACCUCUUUAAGUACAUAUCAAAGGGCUCUGAUCGUAUUCGUUUUAACAUUAGUAAAGGUCCUUCUUCUGCUGAUACUGAAAGUGACACUACGUUUGAAAUCGACGAGAUUAAAAACUAUGUUGACGGAAGAUUCAUAUGUCCACAUGAGUCAGCCUGGAGAAUUCUUGAUUUCCACAUUCAUCAGAGAAAUCCUGCAGUACAAGUUUUAGCUGUUCACUUGCAAGAAAUGCAAGGUGUAACUUUCAGGGACAAUGACCAAUUAGAAAACAUUGUUAGAAACCCGUUAUCAAGGCGUACUACCUUAACAGAAUGGCUUUACAACAAUUGUAUUGAUGAGAGUGGACGACAUUUGACUUACGUCGACUUUUUAUCGGAGUAUAAAUGGGAUGCCUCAAGUAAGACGUGGCUACGUAGAAUAACAAACAGAACAAACCAGCGAUUGGGAGACUUAUCUACGUACACCCAAUGUGUGGUGAAACGUUCUACCUGCGUCUAUUGCUGCCACACCAAAAAGGUUGUUGAUCCUUCGAGGACAUUCGCACAGUUUCUCGAGAGGUAUGCUCAACAUACCGUACUGCAUGUGAAAGGCUUGGAUUACUAGGUGAUGACAGGGAAUGGUCAUAU